UGUCUUAAAUAGCAAAUCUUCAGCCUUCGCCUUCCCACGAACCUUCUCUCCCGCAGACGUUACAUCGCCAUGUGCCGGGAGAAGCAGCCCACGGUGCCGGAGUCCCUGGCCGACUACAUCACGGCCGCGUACGUGGAGAUGAGGCGGGAGGCCUGGGCCAGCAAGGACGCCACGUACACUUCCGCCCGGACCCUGCUGGCCAUCCUGCGGCUGUCCACGGCUCUGGCGCGGCUGCGGAUGGUUGACGCGGUGGAGAAGGAAGAUGUGAACGAAGCCAUCAGGCUCAUGGAGAUGUCCAAGGACUCUCUGCUGGGCGACAAGGGGCAGACGGCGAGGACCCAGAGGCCGGCGGACGUGAUAUUUGCCACCAUCCGGGAGCUGGUCUCCGAGGGCCGAAGUGUGCGGUUUGCGGAGGCCGAGCAGCGCUGCAUAUCCCGGGGCUUCACACCCGCCCAGUUCCAGGCGGCGCUAGAUGAGUACGAGGAGCUAAAUGUCUGGCAGGUUAAUACCGCCCGGACGCGGAUCACUUUUGUCUGAUUCCAUCCAGCUUGUGAGACACUGGGGUCUGCUCUGUGUUCCACGUGCUGACCAUCCCCCUUUUUGAAAGAGCUCGUGAUGCCUCCUCCUUUCUCCUGAGCUGCAUUUGUUUUAUUGUUUUUGCUAAUAAAGUGUUUGAAUAAAGCAGUCUACAAACAGGGUA